AUGGGGGCGCCGCCUCUAUCCAACCCACAUCCAGAUACUGAGGUGAAAAUGCCAAGUGUUUUACCGGCAAUGCAUGUUUUGAAAAACACCACCGCCUACAUACCACUCCCCUUCCAUAACACCUAUCGACGAGUCCGGAUGAAUUAUCAAAAUAUAAAAUACGAACAUAUUUAUAAGACGUGUUCUGGAAAUACGACAAAUGAUUGUGGAUUUUGGAUGAAUGUGGAGAACAAUAAAACAGUACCAGCUGGACGUACCACAUUCGAUUUGAAGCUUGGAAAGCUAGUCGUGGAGAACGUCAGACAAUAUGAUGCAGGGAUGUAUAUGACAGGGGAUAGGAGUACUGUAAUUAUGGUUUUUGCUGAUAAUGGGGUACCGUAG